AUGCCGGAUCAACCUCCCCGCGCCCUCUUUUUCGACACGUUCGGUACAGUCGUCGAAUGGCGAAACUGCGUAACCAAAGCCCUCCAAGCCGCAGCUUUACAGAUCUUAGCGCAUCCCCCCAAAGAUACCCCCAUCCCAACAGCCGUACUCGACCGUGCGUCCGCAUUCAGCGAGACAGACUGGCUCGGGCUCGCCGAAGCAUGGCGUCGCUCCUACGGCAUCUUUACGCAGACCUUUGACCCGUCGACAAAAUUCAUCUCAAUCGACGAACACCACUACUCCGCUCUAAAAAGCCUUCUCGACGAGCGCGGCAUCUUGCCCUUAUUCAACGAUAGCCAACUAUGGGAUCUGACGUUUGCUUGGCACCGACUUGAUCCGUGGGCUGAUAGUGCCGCGGGACUCGCGCUGCUGAAUACUCAAUUCGUUACCUCUACGCUGUCGAAUGGGAAUGUUUCUUUGCUGGAGGAUCUGAAGGAGCACGGUUCUCUGCCUUUUGCGCAUUUGGUUAGUUCGGAGCAUUUUGGUGCGUAUAAGCCUUCGCAUCAGGUUUAUCUGGGCGCUGCGGAGAAACUUGGGUUUGAGCCGGGGCAAUGUGCUCUUGUGGCUGCUCAUCUUAGGGAUCUUAGAGCCGCGAAGGAUUGCGGGUUUCAGGCUAUUUUUGUGGAGCGAGAGUUGGAGGAGCAAUGGUCUGCUGAGGAGAUUGCUAAGGCAAAGGCGGAUGGAUGGGUUGAUAUUUGGGUUGAUCAGGAUACUGGGGGUUUUAUUGAGGUGGCUCGGCGAUUUGGGAUUCACGAGCAAUGA